AGGGCAAGAGUGGCUGCGGACCCCGAGAGCCGGCCUGCCAAGCACGAGCGUGCGAGAGUGGCUGAAAAAAAGCAGCGCACAAGAGUGGCUGCAGACCUGGCAAGGGCGAAAGUGGCUGCAGACACAGAGCGCGCGAGAGUGGCUACAGACGCCCCAUGGUCAAACAUGGCAGAUGACUCCAGCAGCAUCUGUCUGGGUCACAAUGGCAGAAUUCUCGGGCACAUUGGAAGCCAUCAGCAAGUACACAAUCGUCCCAGAGAUGCCUUUACGGCCAGCUUUUCAAGUCAUCGAACAGUUCAAGAACUUGCCAAAUUUCUUGGGCUUUCCGGCAUUCCUGACAUUUCAACCCCAGGAUCACUCCACACAUGCGUUCCAAGAAGAUCGUCGUUUACCAGACAUAGAGGUCAUCUAUGCUAUGACGGCGUUUGCAAUUUUUGCAAAAGAAGCACGGGAACAAAGCCGAUCAGCCUCUGACGCUCUGAAGUACGCAUGUCAAAAUUGGUCCUUCCAUCUCUCGCGAGCUCCUAGUCCAUGGGAUGAUAGGCUCAAUACUUUAUUCAAGCUCUUCUGGGACCACCACUUACUCGCCUGGCUCGAAAGGCAGUGGUGCUUGAAAGGCUUGCGGUCUUGUCUCCUUGUUUUAUCUGAAGGACAGAAACUUGCAAGGGAACGCCUCCAAGCUCUGCCGGGGCCAUCUCAGUCAUGAGUUUGAAGCUGUCGAUUUUGUACAUCCCGUCACGCUGUCUUGUUAUUGCGCAUUGAUUAUUUUCAUAUCAUUCUUUUACGUUACUCCGGUGUCUUUAGCUUUCAUUCGAAGUAUUUCCAGCAGAACGUCCGUUUCCAAGUCAUUGGGCGAGAGAAAUAAAAGUGUUGCUUUUUGUCAUCUCCUCCG